AUCGUUGUUCUGGUCAAAAUUUUCAAAAAAAAAAAUUAUCCGUUGGCAGCAGCAUUAACUUCUCCAACAGCCAUAUUUUUGAAAAUCAGGCCGUUGGAGACCACCUUUUCUAUAAAUUGGGACCCCCCUCUCUUCCCUUUUACACACACAAACAUAAAUUCCUUCAAUAUCUUCACAUAUUUCAUCCUCUCUACUCUAAUUUUUUUUGAGAUUUCUUCACCAUGGGCAAAGACAAGAGCAGGGCUGCCUCGGGCCGCCCAUCCAUCCACUCCGCCAACCCCGAAGGCCUCCUCGUCCUCUACAUCGUCUCCCGGAUCAUCAAACCCAGGAAGCACGGCCACACCAUCAUGCACGGUGAAGACCUCAAGCUUAUCCAUGCGAUCAUGCAUUCAGCCCCAAUCAAUUGGGCAAAGUUUGUCAUGAUCAACAUGACGAUUGCCGCGUCCACCGAGCACGACCACCCCCUCCCGUACCCGUUUUUGGUGAUGGACAUCCUUGAACGGUUCAAGGUAACCACCACCGUUGGCCCGCUCUCGAAGGCCACGAAGAUUUGGACAAUCAGCAACCAAACCUUCAUCAAGCGGUCGGACAACGCCGCGACUGCCACUGCCGCGCCACGCCGCACUGCCACUACCACUGGCCCAGCCGAACCCCUGGCCCGGGCCAACCUCGGCUCCAUCGCCGACUCCCUCAACCGGCUCCACCUCAAGGUUGACGGGAUGGGGAGCUACCUUGAAUGGCUCGACGUGGCCGAUCAACGCCAAGGGUACGCCAUGAACGCAUACUUCCAAGGCAUCAACUACUUCCCGCCACCACUCCACGACACCUUCCUCGGCGAAGUCUACGGUGAUGAAGACGAAGAGGAUGAGUCCUUCUCCCAGUCAAGCUCCCCGGACGAGGAUCAGUUUGACGAUGCCGUUGAUGAUGAUGAAAUGGACGUCAACGACGACGAGGAGGAAACCGAAGACGAAGCCUAGGACUCCCCUAGCAUUUCUUUCUUUUCUUUCGUUUAUCCUGUUUUUAAUGCUUCCGUUGUACUCCACUAUUUCCUUUAAUAAAUAAAAUCAUCUUUUCUCUUUUUGUUAAUGUCAAAAGGGGGAAGAAAAGGGCUAUGCAUAU